CGGAACAGAAUAGAACAGGAGGAGCUUGGUAAGGAAGGAGAAAGUAAAGAAUAACGUUGGAAGGAUGCUCUGCUCACUCAGGUGGGCUUCCCCCCUUUUCAUUUCUUCUUCUCUCUCUCUAUCAAGCUAGCCGUUUUCUUCAUCUUUAGCUUCUCCUCCUCUCCUUCCCUAAAACAAUCAAAAAGCAGAAAACUUUGAUGCCAAUACAACCUUCCCUCCUCCUCUCCCUCUCCUUUUCCAAUAUAGAUACAUUACCCACAUUUCCCUUUCACUCUACCUUUACAGGAAUAGGGAGAGAGAAAGAGGAGUCAGAGAAACCCUGAAGAGAAAAGGAAGGUCUUGACUCCCUCCUCUAAUCAUCAUUUAGACAGACAGAGACAUAGCAGCAGGGUUAGAGUUGUUGGGAGAAAAGAUAAACAAAAGAAAGAUUUUGAAUUUGGAAGGAGAGAAAAAGUUUGGCUGAUUGCUGUUGGAAUUUUUGGGUUGGGAAUGGGAUCUUCAUCAGGGCAAGGUUCAGGUGGUGGGUAUGAUCUAUCGUUCAAGAUCCUGUUGAUUGGAGAUUCUGGUGUGGGUAAAAGCAGCCUUCUUGUCAGCUUCAUUUCCAGCUCCGUUGAGGAUAUUGCUCCCACCAUUGGUGUGGACUUCAAGAUCAAGCAAUUAACUGUAGCUGGGAAGAGAUUGAAGCUCACAAUUUGGGAUACUGCUGGGCAGGAGAGGUUCAGGACUCUAACCAGCUCUUACUACAGAAAUGCCCAAGGAAUCAUUCUUGCAACUUCUGAUAACCGUACUGCAGUUUACGACGUGACUCGGAGAGAGACAUUCACAAACCUCUCAGAUGUGUGGGCUAAAGAAGUCGAGCUUUACUGCUCAAAUCAGGACUGUGUCAAGAUGCUUGUUGGCAACAAAGUUGACAAAGAUUCUGAAAGGGCUGUGACCAGAGAAGAAGGCAUGGAGCUUGCCAAAGAGCACGGAUGCUUGUUCCUUGAAUGCAGUGCUAAAACUAGGGAGAAUGUCGAGCAAUGCUUUGAGGAGCUCGCCCUGAAGAUAAUGGAGGUUCCUAGUCUGUUGGAGGUAGGAUCUACAGCAGGAAAGAGGAACAUUCUAAAGCAGAAAUCGGAUCAACAAAGUCCUCAAAGCGGCGGCUGUUGCUCUGGAUGAUGUGAUUGGUGGAUUUAUGUAUAAUGGGUUUGUUGUUUGUUUGUUGUUGAAUGUUUGAUUCACUUUGACCCAAAAUCCAUCAAACUGAUUAAUGUAUAUGAGAUCAGGCAUUGUUUUCUUUAUUUCUUUCUCUGUGAUUUCAAGGGUGCCUUUUGGAGAGUUUCUGAUUAGUUUGUACCAUUGCCAGGAAAAAAAGGUAGGGUUAGAGAGUGCACUAAGAAGUAACAUAUACUAGAUUGUGUACAUUUGAUUGGUGAGUUCCACUUUUUGGUCAAUGCAUUCCAUUGAUUCAGUUAAUGCAUGGCUGUCAUGUUUCUUGCUUGUUUCUUCCCAGCUGAGGGGGCAUGGAACUCCGUGAAUCAUGAGCUUCCUAGAACUUGCUACCAGCAUGUUAAGUGGAUGGUGGGCAACAAUUCAUUCCAAUCUGAUCACGAACCAAUAUCGAAUCAAAACAGCCCCUCUUGAGAGAGGGUGGCUGAUGAAUGAGAUUCUAAUGAAGCUCA